GGCAUAUAUAUCCGUCUUUGUUUCUUUGGAAGGCCGGCAAUUUGAUGAAAUUCGCUGUUGGCUACUUUCUUUGAACUCUCAUUUUUAUGGAGGGCAGGUAAAGAUCAGAGCAAAGAGAAAUAUAGAAAGAUGGGUGUGGUGAAGGCUGCAAUAGGAGAUGCAAUAUUGACAUCUUUAUGGGUUUUCAGCGCGCCAAUGAUGGGAAUUCUUACGCCUAUCAUAGCCGCAUACCUUGGCCUUCAAGCCAUACCUGUGGCAGGCCUCUUCAUUGCCACCGCGCUUGCUACCACACUUGUAUUCUUAUUCAGCUUGAUCGGGAAGGCCUUGGGUGGCGCCAGCUUCAAUCCAUCUACCACGGUCUCGUUCUACGCUGCAGGCCUUAAUCCUGACUCAUCGAUCAUCUCUAUGGCCACACGGUUUCCUGCACAGGCGGCCGGUGGAGUUGGGGGCGCCAUGGCAAUAUUGCGAGUGAUGCCAAGCCAAUACAAACAUAUGCUUAGAGGACCUUCCCUGAAAGUGGAUAUGCAUACAGGAGCCGUUGCUGAGGGUGUGUUGACCUUUGUGCUAAGCUUUGCACUCCUUUUAAUAAUGCUCAGGGGUCCCAAAAACCCACUUUUGAAGGUAUGGUUGCUUGCUUUGACAACCGUGGGAUUGGUUGUUGCAGGGUCUGGUUACACGGGGCCUUCCAUGAAUCCAGCCAACGCCUUUGGCUGGGCAUUUCUGAACAAUCAGCACAGUAAUUGGGUACAUUUCUACGUUUAUUGGAUCUGUCCCCUCAUUGGAGCCACUUUGGCUGCUUGGAUCUUUCGGUUUAUUUUUAUUCCAACAAUCAAGCACAAGAAAGCAUAAUCUAGAUAAGCUCCAGUACUUGUCUCUAUGUAAAAGAUUUUCUUUAAUUGUCUGUUUCCCAUUUUCUUUUCUUUUAUCACCCUGGUGAUUUUAUAGCUUAAUAAACAGGGAUAUGAUAUGAUCCGUUAAUGCA